AAAUAUUCUAUGGGUGGUCAAACCGAAAUCACUCUCCCAAUUUCGUCAACACUCCCCACUCUCACUCUCUCUCUCUCUCGAGAAAAUAUUCUCUCUCUAAGCUCGUCAUCUCUAUCAGCUGGCUAGGGUUUUUAUUUUUUAUUUUUAAAAUCUUCUUCUUCUUUUUAAUGGUUCGGCACCUGCACAGUCGAAUAUUGCGGUUUCUGCUACAGUGCGUUGGAUCAAUCCAAGCCCGAGAGAGGCGCGGUUUGAGCCGAAUGCGGUGUGCUCACUGACAAUGCGAGCUCACCUCUCCUCGCCCAAGUGAAGUUGGGGCCUUGCUGCUGAUCGAUUCCCGCGGCCGCCGCAAUCCGCACGACCGGGAACAAUGUGCCCCGUGAUUCCUCCUUAGCUAAAAUUUGACCCUCCCACAUGCGCUUCUGGAGAAUUCCGAGGCGUUGAGCAAUGGCUCUAAAGCUUCCAGGUCCAGAAGCUGCUAAGGUGGCCAUUGGAUCGAUUGGACGUGGAUAUGAUGUAGCGGUGGAUCUGAGGCUCAAGUACUGUAAGGGCAAUCCGAAGGAUUCGCGAUUGAUUCAAAUAGAUGAAGACGAUGGAUGUGAGAUUGUUCUGCCUGGUGGGCUCUCCAUCCCAAACGUCUCUAAAUCGAUUAAGUGUGACAAAGGAGAGCGUACACGUUUCAGGUCCGACGUACUUUCUUUCCAACAGAUGUCCGAGCAAUUCAAUCAGGACAUGUCUUUAACUGGAAAAAUACCUUCAGGCCUCUUUAAUGCAAUGUUUGAAUUUUCGGGAUGUUGGCAGAAAGAUGCGGCAAACACUAAGACCCUUGCCUUUGAUGGGGUGUUCAUCACUCUAUAUACCGUUGCGUUAGAAAAAUCUCAGAUAGUUCUCUGUGAUCAUGUCAAGAAUGCUGUCCCAACGACAUGGGAACCUGCUGCAUUGGCAAGGUUCAUCGAGAUGUUUGGGACCCAUAUUAUUGUUGGCAUAAAGAUGGGAGGGAAGGAUGUGAUAUUUGUGAAGCAGCAGCAUUCAUCAACUCUUCAGCCUGCUGAUGUACAGAAGAGGCUGAAGGAAAUGGCUGAUAAGAGAUUUCUCGAUGGUAAUGGACAGUAUAUGGCUUCUGAACAAGUUUACCAGCAUGAUAAGUUUGAUAUCAGGGAGCAGCGUCUACGGUUUGCAGAUGCCAGUUCAUCAAGUUCUUAUCUGCCCAAGGAGGACAUUGCAACCAUUUGCAAGAGGAGAGGAGGGAGUGGUAGUAAACACCUGUCUCAUAAUGAUUGGUUAAACACCGUUCAGUUGGAACCUGAUGUCAUCUCAAUGUCAUUCAUUCCCAUUACCUCACUACUCAGUGGAGUUGCAGGAAGUGGCUUUUUGAGCCAUGCAAUUAACUUGUAUUUGAGAUAUAAACCCCCAAUAGAUGAGCUCCACCAAUUUUUGGAAUUCCAGCUGCCCAGGCAGUGGGCACCAGUGUUCAGCGAGCUUCCUCUUGGUCCCCAGCGCAAGCGACAAAGCACCAGUUCUUUGCGUUUCAGCUUGAUGGGACCCAAAUUAUACGUGAAUACCACCCCGGUUGAUGUGGGUAAGAGGCCUGUUACUGGCCUAAGGCUUUAUUUGGAAGGUAAAAAAAGCGACCGCCUAGCGAUUCAUUUGCAGCACCUCUCCUCUCUUCCAAAAAUAUUCCAACUCAUGGAUGAUCCAAAUGGCAACUUCGCCCAUGAAUCUUAUGAUAGGAAGUACUAUGAGAAAGUCCAGUGGAAGAACUUCUCCCAUGUCUGCACUGCACCUGUUGAGUCUGAUGAGGAUCUUUCCAUUGUCACUGGUGCCCAAUUGCAGGUAGAGAACUAUGGGAUGAAAAACGUUCUUUUCUUACGACUCCGCUUUGCCACCACGUUGGGUGCCGCUGUAGUUAAGCGUCCAGAGUGGGAUGGAUCUCCCGGAUUAGCAGCCAAGUCGGGACUCAUAUCAACAUUAAUAAGUCAUCACUUCUCCACAGUUCAGAGACCACCACCCAGGCCUGCAGAGGUGAAUAUAAACUCUGCUGUUUACCCUGGUGGACCGCCAGUGCCUGUUCAAGCACCCAAGCUUCUAAAGCUGGUUGACACUACAGAGAUGACAAGAGGGCCAGAGGAGUCUCCUGGCUAUUGGGUUGUUUCUGGGGCGAGGCUCAUGGUUGAGAAGGGAAAGAUCUCUCUCCGGGUGAAGUAUUCAUUGCUCACUGUCGUAUUACCAGAUGAAGAAAUACUCGAGGACCACUAGCAGUUCUCAUCCAGUCUUAAGCAGACCAGAUGAAGAAACACUUGAGGACCACUAGCAGUGCUCAUCCAGUCUUAAGCAGACAAUGGAAUCCACUUGAAGUGGUGCAAACAGCAGUUGUAGCACGCUCCGAAAAUUUAAACUGCCAAAGCAAAUAGCUGAAUUGAGGCAGAGCAGAAGGUAAAUUACGCGUAGAAAAGUUUUUGGGCUUUGAAAUUUCUCUGCUGGGUGGGCUGUGUCCUUGUUCGUACAUUACAAGUAAUAUCUUUUUAUCUAAAUGCGUAAAGCUAAGGCAUGCAAUUUCUUUUCCCAAUCAGCAUUCAUGUAACACCCCAGCUUCGUAGGAUGAUGCAGUAAUUCUUAAGUCCAUUUCUGCAGAGAGCGAAAAGCAAUUCACAUAAUUAAGAAGAAAGCUGAAUUUCCAUGAAUCUCAAUAUACUGCAGGCUUUUUUUUUGUCUGGGGUAUUAAUGUAUGGCCACUUUUUUGUAAUCCCCCGGACUAUUGUUACUAGCUGAUGCUAUUGUCAUUAACAACUCACAUCUUCCUUCUAGGAUCAUCAAGGCACAAGAACGCAACUCAUGUGGUCUAACCAUUCUUGUUCCUUUUUCUGCUUUCUAUUACAUAUACUGAGAACACCCCAAGUGAGAUUGGCGAAGGUUGAAGAUGAGAACCUGCAGCCUCGUCUUUCCAUCUCCUCACUAGUUCAGUUCAGUUCUUUCUUCGUGAACUUCAUUCUCUGUUUUUUAGGUCAGGCAAUCCCACGUACUACUAUUCCGGCAAGAGUUGUUAAUGCUCAUUUACACGGUGAAUGUAUGACAUUCAAGUGAAGUGAGAUGCACAGCGUUUCGGUA